CGGUGAGGCGGUGAGUGCUACCUCCUUAAUACUCUCCUAUCUGCAAGAACCAAGUAAUCCUCCUCGUUGAUGUUUGACUGUUUGUACGUGAGAUGAGUCUCACGUGGCCAUGGUGUUGGUGCGUAUAUCAUCCCGAGAAGUAUAGCGGCAGCAUCCAUCCCAUCCAGCCGUCCAAAACCUUGCUAUCUCUUGCAGCCCUCCCGUCCUCUGGCACAGUAUAUAAAGCGUACCUGCAGGUGCAGCACCUGAUACCUGCAAAGUGAUCGAUCGAUCGAGGCCGGCAUUGUGCGUGCGUGUGCCAAAGGAUGACGAAGUACAAAGGUGUCAGGCAGAGGCACUGGGGCUCCUGGGUCGCCGAGAUCCGCCACCCUCUCCUGAAGACGAGGAUAUGGCUGGGGACGUACGGGACGGCGGAGGACGCGGCGAGGGCGUACGACGAGGCGGCGAGGCUGAUGAGCGGCCCAGCGGCGCGCACCAACUUCCCUCUCAGCAGCAGCGGCGGCAACGCCCGCAGCUGCCUCUCCCCGACCCUGCGCGCGCGGCUGGAGAAAUGCUGCGGCGCGGGGUCAUCAGCGCAGGCGCAACAGGGCGCCGUCGCUGGCCAGGACAACGACGAUGCUGCUGCGGCGGCGGCGGCGAUGGGCGUCGACGACGGCGACGAGUACGUCGAGGAGAUGAUCCAGGAGCUCACGUUCUACGGCUCCAUAGAGAUCGUCCAGCCCUGAUCUGCUUAAUUAGCAAAAGCCUAGCCGGCCAACAACCGCAGUGUAACUUAAAACUUAAAUUACUAGAGUAUAGACGUAUAGUAUAUAAAAAACCUUGUGCUAGCUACUUCUGUGCCGUCUCGUUAGGCACAUUGCGUUGGCAAUUAGUAGGUGUCAAUGGAACAAGGUAAUGGACGAGCAUUGCAGAGUGUGCAUGCAGCUAGCCAGGACAUCUCCCUGGGAUCGCGAUGUGUUUGCAAACAGGGGAAGGGGACCAAGAAUCUUUCA